AUGCAUUACAGCCAAGAGCGCGUCCAGUAUCGCGUCAAGGUGGACGGCGCAGAGGACUUCAUCACCGAGGUGCGAUCCCCCAGCUCCGGAGCCUCCAGCCCCGUGUCGGUCCACUCCGACUCCUGCUGCACCAGCCCAGAAGUCAAAUCCUCAGCCAAACAUAGGGUCAGGAGGCCGCUGAACGCCUUCAUCAUCUGGACCAAAGAGGAGCGCAGGCGCCUGGCACAGCUCAACCCGGACCUCGAGAACACAGACCUCAGCAAAAUACUCGGGAAGACAUGGAAAGCUAUGUCUUUGGCAGAGAAGCGUCCGUACAUGCAAGAGGCCGAGCGCUUGAGGGUCCAGCACACCAUCGACUACCCCAACUACAAGUACAAGCCUCGCAGGAGAAAGCAGCUGAAGAAGAGCUCCAGCAAGCCCCACACUCCAGAGACCUCUGUGCCGCCGUGUCUGCCCCCUCGCUGCCCCACUCCUGGCUACAGCCUUCCCUAUGGCCUCAGCUACCUGCUCCACAACCAGCAGCCCUACGCUCCCAGCCAGAACGCUUUUUCCAAAGGCUUCACGGACAUGUCCAAUGUUCAUAACUGCCCUCCAAGCUACACUGCGGAUCCACAAGCUUACUGCAGCCAAAUGCAAGGCACUGUCCCGGAGCAGGCGGAGAGCUGGCUCUACCUUGGGCCCUCUCUGGACGUGUACUUGGAGCAGAUCCAGCUGGACACUCUGUAUGACCUUGACCGCAGUGAGUUUGAACAGUACCUGGGACCCUCCGCGCUCAGGCCGGACUCGGUGGACCCCAGCAGCUACCAGCUCAGCUACAGAGAGGAGCGAUCCAUCUCAUAG